AUGGACCCCCAGAGACCUGGGAAUAGCUUGCCAACUCGGACGGUGGACUCCCCAGCUUCAGACACCCCCGAAAGACCCAAGGUCCAGCAGCCGAAACCCCAAGCUCUCGCCAAUCGCUCCGGCCCUUCCUCGAUUCUCGUAUCUACGCGACAGAAGGGCAACCCGAUCCUGAGUCAUAUCAAACUCAUACCCUGGGAAUAUGCAGACAUCCCCGCUGACUACGUAGUGGGAGCCACAACGUGCGCCAUGUUCCUUUCCUUAAAGUACCACCGUCUACACCCCGAGUACAUCUACGCCCGAGUCAAGCAGCUAGCCGGAAAAUACAACCUGCGUCUGGUAUUGGUUAUGGUAGACAUACAGAACCACGAGGAUAGUCUGCGGGAAUUGUCAAAAACAUCCAUCAUCAACAACCUAACCUUGAUCCUGUGCUGGUCCGCACCCGAGGCAGCGCACUACCUCGAGUUAUACAAGUCUUCGGAAAACGCACAACCAACAGCAAUCCGUGCCCAACAGCCACAGACAUAUAAAGAGUCCCUUGUGGAAUUCGUUACGGUCCCACGAAGCAUCAACAAGUCCGAUGCCGCCAGUCUGAUAUCAACGUUCGGUAGCCUGCAAAAUGCCAUCAAUGCACAGCCCGAGCAGAUCAGUGCUGUGCCAGGUUGGGGUGAGAAGAAGGUUCAGCAGUGGUGUAAUGCCGUACGGGAAGACUUCAGGGUUGAGGGCGCGAAGAAGUCUUCGGCUGUUCCCCGUCCGCCCCCUGUGGCACGUGCUGAUGAUAGACCUCCGCAGGAUGUGGAGGAGGAGGACGAGGAAGAGGCCAUUCUCCGAGCGGUGCUUGAAGAAAGUCGUAAAACAGCUGCCUCGGAGGCUGCGAAAUCUAGUGCGCCGAGGGCUGGCCAAGAGCCUGAAGAGAUGAGCGAUGGCAUUACGGCAGCGCUUGCACGAUUGCGAGAAAAUGGUGGCUGA